UUUGUAUCCUUUCAGAAGGCCGCGGCCCUCGACAAUCUGGACCAGCAGAAGAAGCACACCCUGGAACAGUCGACGAUUUUCUUCCAACCGUCGGACUAGAUAGUCGAUUGAGGUCGGCUGUUUGUUUUGUAAAUCGUAAGUUAUUAGUCCGCGAAUAGUUAGUGUUUAAGAAAAGGAAGAUGUCCGAUUUCGAGGAGGAUCCGGAACUGGAUCUGUUAGAGGAGGAAUUUUCACGAGCAACCAAAUACAUUGAACGCAACCACGGGCAAUUAGAUCAGGCCAAUCUGCUCCGAUUCUACGGGUUGUUUAAACAAUCAACUGCUGGAAAAUGUACCACGCAAAAACCAGGAAUCUUCAACAUGUCCGGUCGGGCCAAAUGGUCCGCCUGGAAUGACCUCGGCGAAAUGUCCCAGCAGCAAGCCAUGAAGGGCUACAUUGCCCUGCUGAACGAACUACAAUCCGGUUGGGAUUCGUCCGACCAGGUAGGCGAUGGAGAACACAAAUCGAACAACCAAUCGUGGGUAUCGGUUUCCACCUUUCUGCCGGAGGACGAUCCAUUGGAAGCGGGUAAGGAAAAAACUAUUGUAGAUUUCAUCAAGCAGGGUAAUCGGGAUCAGGUGGAGAAAAUCCUUUCCGGACAAGAAAUUUGUUCGGUGAUAAACGCACUCGACGAAGAAGAGCUAGGGCUGAUACAUUGGGCUGCCGAUCGAGGGAAUGUUGAAGUACUGACCCUAAUCCUGACCGUUCCCCAGUUGGACAUCAAUCUGAGGGAUGGAGGAGGUCAGACGGCACUGCACUAUGCCUCCAGUUGUGGGAAUCGGGAUUGUGUGAAGCUACUGUUGGAUAAGGGGGCAGAUCGAAAUGCGAAGGAUGACGAAGGGGAAACCCCACUGGACAUUGCGUUCGAUAGCGAAAUAGAGCGGUUGCUUAAGUGAAAA